UCGGCUCCGUCGCUAACGGCGGAAACGGGAGAGGAGAGGGCGGCUCACGCACAUGCGGCGCUAUUCCACCAGAGUCAUCGGCAAUUGCGUUGGCGACGGCGGCGGCGGUGGUGCCGACGAUGGCGCAUUACCAAGCCCUAACCGCCGAACACCGGACCACCCACCCUACUCCGAGAUGGUGAGCGUCGCGCUACAAGCUAUCGCUGAGGAGAAUGGAUCUACCGAGUCAUCGAUCUCCGCUUACAUCAAAUCAACCUUUAAUGACCUCCCAUGGGGCCACGACCGCCUGCUCCCUUACUACCUUCGCAAGCUCGUCGCCGACGGUGAACUCACGUCUCCAUUCCCGGAUCGAUACCAGCUGCCCUUACAGUCUCCUCCCUCCGUCUCCAUACCUGUCCGCCGCCGAGGCCGUCCUCGUCUCUACCCAGCAAACCCUAACCCUAGCGUUUGUCCUCGCCCAUCCUCUCUACCUCGCCACCGGGGUAGAUCAUCGCUGCACCGCCGCAGGGGUAGACCUCCCAAGAUCCACGCUGAGGAGAUGGCGCCGCUCCAAGUAAAGCAGGGAACAUCGCCGCCGCGGCGAGGGCGGGGAAGAUUCCGGCUCCAGCGAGGUGAUUCCAUAGGUCGAACAUCAACUCUGAGGCCGGGUCUUCGAAUUCCUAGAUCAAGGGGUUCCAAGAGGAAACGGGAUAGCUCCCAGGUCAGCGAUACUGAGGAGACGAAUUGCCAGUCGGGAAAUCUGGCAUUGUUAGACGAUUUCAAGAAUAGAGGUUCUGAAUGUAGCGUUUUGGUGGAUCCUGAGCAUAUUGAACUCGAACAUGCGCAGCUGGAACAAGGGCACCCAUUUGUGGCUCCUGAGCAGUCUGAGGUUGGCAAAGGACAAUUUCUGGAAGAAGAGUCGCCAUUGUUGAUUCUUGAGCCGGGAACUAUGACGCUUUUAUUGGGUCCUGAGCAUUAUGAACAUGUUGAGGGGCAACCGCUGCAAGGAGAGGAGCAGCCAAUUUUGGCUCCAGAGAAGACGGAGGUCAGCCAUGAUCAAUCAUUGCUGGGAGAAAAAUUGUCAUUGUUGACUCCAGAGCAGGGAAAAAUGCCUCCUUUCUUAGCUCCUGAGCUUGUUGAGCAUGCCCAGGGCCAAUCGAUGCAAGAAGAAGCACAUCCAUUUGCGGCUUCAGAGCAAACCGAGUUCGGCAAGGAUCAAUCGUCGCUGGGAGAAAGGCCUCCAUUUUUUAUACCUGAGCAGGCAAAAGUGCCACCUUUUUUGGCUCCUGAGUUUUUUGAGCCUGCCCAGGAGCAACCGCAGCAAGGAGAAGCACAACCAUUUAUGCCUCGUGAGCAAACAGAGCUCGUUCAGAAGAAAUCGACGGAAAUACCUCCAUUGUUAUCUCCAGAGCAGCCUGAGCAUGAUCAUGGGCUCCCCUUGGUACCUGUUGAAGAGUCUGAGGAAGGCCAUGAGCAGAUUUUGCCGGAAAUUGGCACAUCUGAUCCUAAGGAGGGCGAGUUGGUGCUGAUGCCACGUCCUGACGGAGAAGAUGUAGAGAAUGCUGCAGUUUCUAGCAAGAAGAGAAAGUCCCAUGGAAAGCGUAGAAGCCUGAGGCUCUGGUUUGAAUCUUAAACUGUUAAAAUAUUUUGAUAAAUCUCCCCAAUUUCUAUUUUCAUGAUCUUUUCUUAAGUUGGUGGUUCUUGUAAAGAACUUAUCGGAACUUGAUUGUCUUGUAGAAUGUAUCAAGAAUUUCAGAAGUCGAACUUAGAAAAUUUCCUCACAAGAAAUAUUUAAGAACCCCUGAAAGUAGGAACAGAUGAUUUCAACUUCUUCUUUGUGAUUUGCUUCUAGGAAUACUAUAAUAUUAAAAAUAA